AUCUGGCUAUACAGACACGACUUUUCAUACCAUCGUUGUAAUAUUUCUGUUAUGUCAAUCUUUAUUUUGGUUUAUUACGUUUUGCUUUGUUUCAAGAACGUUUGACAUAAUCGAUGUAGCAUUUAGCCAGGUAGUCAAGAACUACGGAAGCUAACUAGCAAGUCUAGCUCAACGCUCGCUAGCUAACUGACGAAUCAUUGCUUGCUGCUAGUGCUAGCAAGCAAGUGGCUGUAAUUGCUGGGAAACCCCCCACUGUCCUCUGAUGCUGCCCAGUGUCUUGCGCUGUGCGCGACCUGCUGCCAACACCCUUACCUUCUCCCGCCAGACCGCCAGAUUUCGGCCUCAGAUGGACCCCAGCCGGCCUGUGGAGAGCACCAUAAGGGCCAAACUGAGCCAAGCUCUGGAGCCCGACCACCUUGAGGUGAUGAACGAGAGCCACAUGCACGCCGUGCCCCCGGGGUCUGAGUCUCACUUCCGGGUGCUGGUGGUGAGCAAGCGUUUUGAGGGGCUGUCCCUGCUGCAGCGCCACCGUCUGGUCAACGAAGCCCUGCGCGAGGAGCUUAGCACCCUAGUCCAUGCCCUCGCCAUCCAGGCGAAGACCCCCCAGCAGUGGGACAGCAACCCCAGUUUAGCCAAGAGCCCGCCCUGCAUGGGGGGCUCCAAGCAUGACAGCACUGUGGCCGACAAGCUGAAGGCUGGCCGAGAAUGAACCAUGAGCGCUACUGAUGAUGCUUUCCAUGCUCAAAUGCCGGGGCUUGUAUGAGGUCUUGUAUCAGUCACACUUUUACUGGAACUUUUUAACGUCCUCAAACCGUGGUCAGUUCGACAGUAUAUUGUAACAAAGAGCUAGCCCAAACCUUGCAUCGUUACAUGAGUGAAGCAUUAAACUAUUUCACACCCUAAUCUAGAAUGAAGAAGCUGAGACAAAUGCACUUAGAAUGUCUUUAGAUCCAUUCUGAAAAGGAGAGGAGCUGCAGGUAUUGCUUAUAUCACUGAAUGCAAAGACUGGCUAUGUGAAACUUCAAUUAAAGAUACAGAGGCUAUGGGAAUAUUUAAUCUUAGGUUUGAUCAUCGACUGUGCGUUCAUUUCAUAUUUAGAAAAAGUUUUUUUGGUGGAAGCCAGACAGGCAAACAUUCGUCUCUACAGUGGGGAUAGGAACCAUGAUAUUAUGUGUGUGGACCUUUCUGCCUACUGAGCUGUGUAGCAGAUUGUGUAGAGUGGAGACAAAAGCUAAAUUGAAUUAUGUUGCUGCAAUGUAAGUAAUUACAGCAGAGACAAAGUACAAAGUACACUUGGGACUUUUUUCCAUUACAGGUUUUGUGAUUUAUGUACCCCUUUGGCAUUUAAUAAACAAUGUAGUAUUAAAUGCAAUAUUUAGUAUGCUUGUGCAAAGGAUUCUUGAGGUUCAUAUUCAUCAUUUUCCAGGAACAUUAUAAUAUCAAUUAAGGAUCAUCGUAUAUCGGCAACAACCUGUUUUGACGCACAGAAAGGUUCAGAACCGAAUCUUCACAUCUGCCAAAGCUUGAAUAGCCAAACAAACAUUUUUCUGAAUAUAAGAAAAAAACUGCUAGCUAUGAGAGCAAACCCAUAUAGGGGAUGGUUGUAAUAAUAUAGCUUGCAUAAAAAUCUAUUUGACAUAUAACGCAUAGCUGCAACAGCUGAAAUGAAACUGGUGUUUGAAGGGUUAAUCAUAUUUCAGGUCUUCCCACCAGGGGGCAGUACUUGUCAAUAUAUUUCAUACAGUGAACAUGAGGAUAAGCAUUGAAAGUAAACAGGGGAACAUGCUAAUUUAAUCAGAGUUUUUAUCCCCUCUGUAGUUUCUUUGUGUGCACAUUGUCAUUUAGAAAUUAUAGUCCUCCUUUAAGAAGUUAUUAUGUAAAAUAUAUAUAUAUAUAUAAUAUAUAUAUAUAUAUAUAUAUAUAUAUAUAUAUAUAUAUAUAGUUAUAUUUUAUUUUUCCUUUUUGUUGAACCGUCGUGAUAGUUACACCAGUAGUACUUGCAUUGAUACAUGUGAGAAACAUUUAUUCCUUAACAUAGUUUGCAGAAUAUGACAGCUGGUAAAGGUUUUUUGUUCAGCCUUACUGUAUAAGUACUAUUUUGCAUUAAAUACUCUCACCAAGGAUUUACACUUAAUCUCUGGUAAGAACUGCUGAUAAGGAGAAAUGUAUUGUGGUUCAUUUGGCAAUACCUAAAAUAAAACCAAAGCAAGAAGAUUAACUUGA